CACCCUUUGGAACCUGGUCUCCUCCCUGAUGUAGGUUAAAACCCUUCGCUCCACGUUUGUUCAGGUUGCAAACCUACCUGCCACUGCAGCCCAGACUCACAGACCUCACUUCCCGGGGGAGCCAGCAUGUCGGCUGUGGUCCUGGAGACGCGAGGCAUGGGCAGAAAAUUCUCCGACUUUGGACAGGAAACAAGCUACAUUGAAGACAACUCCAUUCAAAAUGGCUCCAUAUCACUGAUUUUCUCGCUCAAAGAAGAAGUUGGUGCACUGGCCAAAGUCUUGCGCUUAUUUGAGGAGAAUGACAUAAACCUGACCCACAUCGAGUCCAGACCUUCUCGACUAAACAAGGACGAGUAUGAAUUUUUCACCCACCUGGAUAAACGCAGCAUGCCUGCCCUGACCAGCAUCAUCAAGAUCCUGAGGCAUGACAUUGGCGCCACUGUCCACCAGCUCUCCCGAGAUAAGAAGAAAGACACUGUGCCCUGGUUCCCAAGGACCAUCCAAGAGCUUGACAGGUUUGCCAAUCAGAUUCUGAGCUAUGGCGCUGAACUGGAUGCCGACCACCCGGGUUUUAAAGAUCCUGUGUACCGAGCAAGAAGAAAGCAGUUUGCUGACAUUGCCUACAACUACCGCCAUGGGCAGCCCAUCCCUCGGGUGGAAUACACGGAGGAAGAGAAGAACACGUGGGGGACGGUGUUCAGGACCCUGAAGUCCUUGUAUAAAACCCACGCUUGCUAUGAGUACAAUCACAUUUUCCCUCUGCUGGAAAAGUACUGUGGCUUCCGUGAAGACAACAUUCCCCAGCUGGAAGAUGUCUCUCAGUUCCUGCAGAGUUGUACUGGCUUCCGCCUCCGACCAGUGGCUGGCCUGCUGUCUUCCCGAGAUUUCUUGAAUGGCCUGGCCUUCCGAGUGUUCCACUGCACACAGUACAUCAGACACGGAUCCAAGCCCAUGUACACCCCUGAACCUGACAUCUGUCAUGAGCUCUUGGGACAUGUGCCCUUGUUUUCAGAUCGCAGCUUUGCCCAAUUUUCCCAGGAAAUUGGCCUGGCCUCUUUGGGUGCUCCUGAUGAGUACAUCGAGAAACUCGCCACUAUUUACUGGUUCACCGUGGAGUUUGGGCUCUGCAAGCAAGGGGAUUCCAUAAAGGCAUAUGGUGCUGGGCUCCUGUCAUCCUUUGGUGAAUUACAGUACUGCUUAUCUGACAAGCCGAAACUCCUCCCCCUGGAGUUGGAGACGACAGCGACUCAGACAUACAAGGUCACAGAGUUCCAGCCCCUGUAUUACGUGGCUGAGAGUUUCAGUGAUGCCAAGGAGAAAGUGAGGAACUUUGCUGCCACGAUCCCUCGACCCUUCUCAGUGCGUUAUGACCCCUACACUCAGAGGAUCGAGGUCUUGGACAACACCCAGCAGAUUAAGAUUUUGGCGGACUCCAUCAACAGUGAAGUUGGAAUCCUUUGCAAUGCCCUCCAGAAAAUAAAGUGAAUCUACAGGCAGAACUUGGGUCUCUCAACUGAAAAGCUGUCCAUAGAAAUCUGGCUACUUUUUUCAUCCAUAAAACUGAAAAAAAAAAAAAAACUUUAUGUGACAUGUUAGCCUUAACAAUUUUUAGAAAAAAACGGAAGAUCAACAAGUAAAUCAAAAUAAUCUGAAGUGACAGUAUAUUAAUUCAAAUCCAAAAAUAUAAUGGUGGAUCUUUUGGAGUCCUCUUUGAUUUAGAGAUCAUGAUCUCAGACUCCCGAUUAAGUUAAAAUAAUAUUCUGUCACAUUUCAUCAAGGUGAAUUAAUAUUUGUGAAGGGCUUUAUUCAAGCUUCAUAUGUGCUUUUAUUUGUCAUAGAGAAGUCCUAAGGGAGUAUAUAUGGCUACACGCGAGAGAAGACUGUCAUUAGAAUCGAAUCAGUUGGUUUAAUAUAAAUCUUAUUCUACAAAAUUUAGUUUCUAUUUUCAUUAAGUAUGACUCCAAUUACUGCUUUGUUAUUGUGCCCAUGUAAAACUUCUUUAAUUUGGGAGCCCAUUAAGAUCAUUACAAACAUUAAAAUUUUAAAGCAUUGUAAAAACA